AUGGCGGAGAGUCAGUCAGCGGCUGGUCAGGGAGAAUCUGCGUCCCUGGGUGGGUCUGGAGUCUCCACUUCGGAGUCUGAAAACCGGCGGCGGCUGAGCGAGCUGCGCGUGAUAGACUUACGGGCUGAACUCAAGCGCCGCAAUUUGGACAGCAGUGGAAACAAGAGCGUCCUCAUGGAGCGACUCAAGAAGGCUAUUGAGGAGGAAGGGGGGAAUCCUGAUGAAAUUCCAGUAAUUUCAGAAAAUAUCAUGAAGAAAACUCCCAAAAGAAGCAGCAAAGGACGUAGACUAGAUGAAGAGGGAGUAGAAGAUAAUGGCCUGGAAGAGGAUUCAGGAGAUGGACAGGAGGAUAUUGAAGCAAGUUUGGAUAACUUGCAGGAUAUUGACAUGAUGGAUAUUAGUGUGUUAGAUGAAGCUGAAAUAGAUAAUGGCAAUGCGGUAGAUUGCGGAGAGGAUUACAGUGCUGAUAAUAUUCUUGACUCACUGUCUGAUAGUAAAGAAAAUGCUAAUGCAGAAGUGAAAGAACUUCCAGAUCAGCCUACAGAAUAUGCUGUGGAGAUUGAAGAUGUUGGAAACAGUUUAGGUGCUUCUUCAUCUGAUUUAACCAUAAUAAAGGAACUUGAAGAAUUACCUUUGGAGCCAGAAAAUGAGAAAAUACUCGACAUUUUGGGGGAAACUUGUAAAUCUGAACCACUUAACGAAGAAACUUCUGAAGCGGAGCGGCCACAUACACAGGAAGCAAGUAACGUGGUGCCAGGCAAGAGGCUAGCAGAGGAAGAGGACGCUCUUGCUGCCGCUCAGUUGGAGGAAGAUGCUUUAGAUUUGGACAGCAAAUCAGCACAAGCUAUGGCAAGGAAGGAAGCAAAGCGUUUAGUUGUAGCAAAAGGGGAGACAAGUGAACAGACAAUAGAUGAAGAGAAACCGGACUCUGAAUCUUUAGUAGUAGAGACCCUAAGCGAUCAGAGUAGCAAACGCUCCCAAGGCCUGGAAGCCUCUAGUGGGGAAACAGCGGAAAAAGGCGCAGGUCCCGAAGCCAAAGAUAGCAAAGAAGAUGCCAAGAAAAUAGAAGACAAAGCUAAUUCUGAGGAAUCCCCUGCUACUAAAGAGUCCUCAACCAGUGAGGGUGGUGAUCAGAAAAAGAGCCCUGUUGAGGAGGACAGAGAUACAAAGAUAAAAGAUGAGAAAGGCCGUGCGGGUAGUGGUUCUGGCAGAAAUUUGUGGGUUAGUGGACUUUCAUCCUCAACUAGAGCUACAGACUUGAAGAAUCUUUUCAGCAAGUAUGGAAAGGUGGUCGGUGCAAAAGUAGUGACAAAUGCUCGCAGUCCUGGUGCUCGCUGUUACGGCUUUGUUACAAUGUCAACAUCUGAAGAAGCCACUAAGUGUAUUAAUCAUCUCCACAGAACAGAGCUGCAUGGAAAAAUGAUUUCUGUAGAAAAGGCAAAAAAUGAACCAGCUGGGAAAAAGCCUUCAGACAAAAAGGAAGGUGAAACAAGGAGGGAAAAAGACAAGCACCAUUCUGCAGAGUCCAAAUCUGAGAAGUCUGUUGGUAUUAAGAAGGAGGAGAAGACUGACAAAAAAGAUGAUGCUAAGAAAUCAGAAAAAGAUGGGAAAGAGGAAAAAGAAGGAAAAGAGAAAGAUGAACAAAAAGCUGGAUCCUCUGAUAGAUCGAGGGCAAGCAAAUCAGGGAGCCGAGGAACUGAAAGGACAGUGGUAAUGGAUAAAUCUAAAGGAGAACCAGUUAUUAGUGUGAAAACUUCUACAUCAAAAGAGAGGAGUACAAAAAGCCAGGAUCGCAAAUCUGAGAGCAAAGAAAAGCAAGAUAUUUUAUCAUUUGAUAAAAUCAAAGAACAGCGAGAACGUGAACGUCAGAGACAAAGGGAACGAGAAAUCAGGGAAACGGAGAGACGCCGAGAGAGAGAGAGGCGAGAACGAGAACAACGGCUUCAAGCUAUUCAUGAGCGGGAUGAAAGACAGAGGCUCCUGAGAGAGCGCGAACGGCUGGAAUUUCAAAGGCAGCGUCUUGACAGAGAGCGCUUGGAGAGGGAGAGAUUGGAGAGAGAAAGAAUGCACAUAGAACAGGAAAGGAGACGAGAACAGGAACGAAUCCAUAAUUUUUUUGAUAAUUGGAUUGAACAAGGUUUGGUAUCAAGAGAGUAGGAAAGGAAGAUUGUUUUGCGAUUACUACUAAUUGUGACCUUUUUCAGGCGAGAUGACCCGUACUGGCCAGAGGCAAAGCGAAUGGCAAUGGAUGAUAGGUAUCAUUCUGAAUUUAGUCGUCAAGACCGCUUCCAUGACUUUGACCACAGGGAUCGUGGCCGAUACCAAGAUCAUUGUUUGGACAGAAGAGACGGUUCAAGAGGAGUACCAGAUCGAGAUGGCCAGCAUUACCCAGAUGAACGCCAUGGGGGGCCUGAUCGUCACUCCCGGGAUAGUUGGGGUGGCUAUGGGUCUGACAGAAGAAUGAGUGAAGGGAGAGGGAUACCUCCACAAACUCGAGAUGGACGUGACUGGGGAGAUCAUGGUCGAAAGUUAGAGGGGCAUCAAGAUCGUUCAUGGCAGGGAAAUGUGGAUGGAGGAAUGAUGGGACGGGAUCAUGAGAGAUGGCAAGGUGGUGAUAGAAGCAUGCCUGGUCAGUCAGGACCAGGCCAUGUGAUGAAUCGAGGAGGGAUGUCGGGGCGUGGAGGCUUCACACAAGUUGGAAACCAGAGCCAGAUGAUGCAGAGUAGUGGAAUACAAGGAGUGUUUGCAGGCCAGGAGCGGACAAACAGACCGACUGAACCCCGUUUUACCCGCCGCUACUGA